GUGCGAGAGGGAGGGAGGGAGGGAGCGGGUGGGGGGUGGGGGGAAGAGCGAGGGAAGAGAGAGGAUUAAGAAAUCAGUCCAGUUGGAAGAAGCGGAGGUGGUGGCAUCGAGACCGGAAUGGGAUCCGUUUCUAACCAGCAAUUUGGAGGAACCGGGAGAAGCUCUGACCAGGAUCUCGGGGACUCCCCUAAGGCUGCCGUCUCGUUCGGGACCGGUCAGUGCAAAUGGUUCAACGUCCGGAUGGGAUUCGGUUUUCUCUCCAUGACCGGCCGGGACGGAACCCCGCUGGACUCUCCCAUCGAUGUCUUUGUCCACCAGAGCAAGCUGCACAUGGAAGGCUUCCGCAGUCUGAAAGAAGGAGAGCCAGUGGAAUUUACAUUCAAGAAAUCCUCCAAAGGUUUGGAAUCGAUACGGGUAACAGGUCCAGGUGGCACCUCUUGCAUCGGGAGUGAAAGGAGGCCUAAAGGGAAGAAUGUGCAAAAGCGGAGACCAAAAGGAGACAGAUGCUACAACUGUGGCGGUUUGGAUCACCAUGCGAAGGAAUGUAAGCUAGCCCCUCAGCCCAAGAAGUGCCAUUAUUGCCAAAGUAUUGGCCACAUGGUGGCCAAUUGCACAGUCAAAGCUGCCCAGCAACAGCAAUCUGCCACUUCUCAGGGAAGGCAGGAGAGCAAACCGACGACCGGCCCAUCGGCCUCGACACCCUCGCCGACCAUGCCGCACGAGGCGGGAGGGGAAUACGUCACCGACCUGCUCCUGGAGGAGACGGGCGAGCACUUGGAGAAGCUCCUUCCUGAGAGUACGGAGGGUGCCCUGCAGGAAGCCGCCGAGGAGCCAGGCAGGCCCGGCUCGUGUUUGCAGAAGAGAAAAAAGACCUGACACACCGUCAGUGCUGGGAACCAUUUCAGGAUCUAAAACUACCUCAGGCUCACCCUCUCUGCUGAGUGUUAAACCUAGCAGUUCUCCAAAACAAUCUAAAGACUUUGAUAUGAAUCCAACUUCUACUCAUUCUGAUCAUGAAUAGAAUUUGGAUAGAUAUUCUUCCAACAGAAAACUUUGUAGACAUUACAUUUCUUUUUCUCCCAAACCCUCCCCCCCACCAACCUCACUAUUAUGCCACCCCUCACCACACACAUCUCUGGAGGUUCAUUUCAAUUCAUUUAACGUUAACAAUUUAUUUUCUUCAUGUCCUUUUUUCCAAGGAGUAAAGAGCAAGAGGUUCAUUCUUUUUUCCCCAUCCAAUUUCUCACUUUAACCCCCCACCCCCCAGGUAUUGUUAGCAAUGGUUAGACUAGCUGACCAUCUUUUUGACCCUUCUGUGGCUAACAUGCACGGUAUUCUAACUAUCAACUACCCAACAAUGGUUCCUUCACUCCUGGUCGGUCCAUAAACGUCAGCCCAUGGACUUUAGUUCCCCAAACACAAUGUCGCAAUGAAGAAAAGCUGACGCCCACUUCAUGACUUUCAAUACACAACAACAUGCCUCGCACAAUUGGGCGUCCUCGUGUCCGGGGUGGUUAUUUUCCAUUUAACGGGAAGCUUCGUCUUCUCCUUAGAUGGACAAAUAUUGCCGUGCUCCACGUAACGACCAGACCUAAUCCUAUUUAUCGGUCAAUGUAUCGGUUGGUUUAACAACAUCACCAAAGUCCUAGAGCCACAUGAUAGAAUUGAAACAUGAGUAUUUCUUGACCCGACCAUAAUGGAUUAAUAUAAAUUCCCCACGUUUCAAUGUUUCUUGUGCCCAUGGAUCUGCAACAGCCUGGCAGACCCACGUAACUAAUGUUAGGCCAGUGUUACAGAGAGGUAGUAAACAUCCCACGGCUGGGAAGGGACGAUGUGCUCCAGGACGCGGUACAUUUGGACUAGUUGUUACAACUCCCAACACAAUUAUCAGGAAAUAUUUGUCCAACUACACGCUGAAGACAUCUGACUGUAGAUUCUCCUUGAAUUGGCUGAACCAGGAACCGUCCCUCCUCUUCUCCCC